GCCUGUUAAUGCUAGCUAGUUAAUUCAGACGGACAUUGCGUGGGAAUGCGGUGUGUGGACUGUCAACAACAUCCCCCUGCAAUUACGUAAUGUUGCUAGCUAGCUAGGUGGCUAGCUUUGGCUGGGUUUGGGAUAUUACGGUGUGCCAUAUCGCCGGCGAAAUUGACUUUCGAGGACCGCAAUUGCGCUAACUAGCGCUAGCUGGGUAGCUAGCGUUAGUGGUGCAGGGUUUCGCUAGCAAACGGUUAUUUAGCAUGCUGCUGUCCACCAGCAGCGGUUUAUUCUCCCGCUAGCUGCGGUCCCUUCCCCGGAGGCAAUCUGGCGGCCCUUCGGCUAGAGGCGGAGGAGAAGGAACUGGGGGCCAUGGCCUGGGUGCUGAAGAUGGACGAUGCCACCAUCGAGUCAGGACUGGUACACGACUUCGAUGCCAGUCUUUCGGGCAUCGGGCAGGAGCUGGGGGCUGGCGCAUACAGUAUGAGUGAUGUGCUGGCCCUGCCAAUCUUUAAACAGGAGGACUCCAGUCUUCCUUCAGACUGUGAGAGCAGCAGUCUCAACCCUCCCUUCCAGUACGUUCUCUGUGCUGCCACCUCCCCUGCUGUCAAACUACACGAUGAGACACUCACCUACCUGAACCAAGGCCAGUCUUAUGAGAUCCGUAUGCUGGACAACCGAAAGCUGGCCGAGUUACCAGAGAUUAACAACAAGAGUGUCAAGAGCAUCGUUAGGGUGGUGUUUCAUGACAGAAGACUCCAGUACACAGAGCACCAGCAACUGGAGGGGUGGAAAUGGAAUCGCCCUGGAGACCGUCUCCUAGAUAUCGACAUCCCCCUGUCAGUGGGUAUUGUGGAGGCGAAGGCCAACCCCGCUCAGCUCAACGCUGCCGAAUUCCUCUGGGACCUCAACAAGAGAGCCUCCGUGUUUGUGCAGGUUCACUGCAUCAGUACAGAGUUCACCCCUAGAAAGCAUGGAGGAGAGAAGGGAGUUCCCUUCAGGAUCCAGAUCGACACUUUCAGACAGGGAGACAACGGAGAGUACACUGAACACCUCCACUCUGCCUCCUGCCAAAUCAAAGUCUUCAAGCCAAAGGGGGCAGACAGGAAACAGAAGACUGACAGAGAGAAGAUGGAGAAACGAACGUCUCAGGAAAAGGAGAAGUACCAGCCCUCCUACGACACAACCAUACUAUCAGAGAUGAGGCUGGAGCCCAUCAUAGAGGAGGCAGGAGACUAUGAGCUGAAGAAGUCCAGCAAGCGGACGCUGCCGGCUGACUGUGGGGACUCGCUGGCCAAGAGAGGCACUUGUUCUCCGUGGCCUGAUGCCUACAUCAGCUCUCCCCAGACAGCUGGCCCCUCUUUCUCCUCUACACCGCUCUCCACAUACACUGCCUCCUCUGUACCUGACAGUGGCCCCUCGUCGCCCAAUCACCAGACAGACCCUGUCAGCCAAGUCGUCACAGAGCAGCUCAGUCCUACGGCUACCAUCAAGGAGGCUCAGAAGUGGCUUGUCAAGAACCGCUUCAACACAUAUGCACGACUCUUCUCCCACUUCUCAGGUUGUGACUUAAUGAAGUUGACCCGGGAUGACCUGGUUCAGAUCUGUGGAGCUGCUGAUGGAAUCAGACUCUUCUACACACUCAGAUCCAGGUCGGUGCGUCCCAGGUUGACCAUCUAUGUGUGUCAGGAGGGUGAUGUGGAGAGCCCCCUGCUGGAGAGACGCUGCGACAGCGAGAACGGAGAGCACAGUGACUCACCUAACUUAUAUGUGUACCAUGCUCUAUACCUGGAGGAGCUGACGGCUGCUGAGUUGAUCAGGAAGAUGGCGUGUGUGUGUAGUGUUCCACUGGGACAGAUCAACCAGGUCUACCGACAAGGACCCACAGGAAUACACAUACUGCUGAGUGACCAGGUGGUUUAUAACUUACCUGAUGAGAGCUGCUUUCUCAUUGGCACACUCAAAGAUGAAACGGGGGAGGGGCUCCACCUGGUUUUGAAGUAGCGAUGGAGGACGAGAGCGUGAUGACAUCACUGAAAACUCCUCCCUCUGUGAAUAGCAGAGCAGUCUCCCUCCCUCCCUCUCUCUCCCCUAUCAUUCAGAUUGCUAUGUGUAAGACAGAGGGACUGAACUGAAGCCAUGUUAACGUUAGAAUCUGACGCGGGUGUGACCACUGUUUCAUAUUGAAAACACUAUUACUGAGGGGCAGAGAGGGGGAGGCUUGUGGCGUGUUUUAUUCUCUCCAUUUCUUUAUAGUUUUAUAAGUGGGGAGGGGUAGGCUGCCCCCCACAGAGAGGCUCAUAGAGGCAGUGCUUAAGGCUUCAGCCAGGGCUAGGCCAGUAGUCAGUGCUGUAAUGCCAUGUGACUUGAACAUACAGAUUGAUGGACAGACAGACGGACCCCAGACGUUUGAUCUCAUUUGCUUUGACUGAGACUCGACCACUUCCACGGAAGCAGAGCUGGCAACUAAUAAACUCAAACAGAACAAACUGUCUAGAACAUGUCAGUCAUUCCUCUGAGGGCCAAAUGUCUGCAGAUUUUUGCUCCACCCUUGUACUUUAUUGGUGAAUUAAGGUCAGUAAUUAGUAAGUAACUUCCCUCACCUGGUUGUCUAGGUCUUAAUUGAAAGGAAAAACCUGCAGACACUCGGCCCUCCCAGGAAUGAGUUUGACGCUGAUCUUGAACAACAGUCUCUGUGUGGUUGUGUAUAUUGUGUAGAACACAGUAGUCUAGAUAUGAACGUUCUAGAUCUGUUCCCAGACAUUCUAGAACUAGUGAGGAUGGGGGUCCUCUUAGCCAAUCAAGUCAAGAUUUGACUGUUAGGGGUGUUAGCAUUCUGUUAGCCAGUGUCUAACAGGGCCUGUUCUGGUUCAUGUAUCAUAUGAACCAAGUCUGAUACCAUAAUAUACAGCCUGCUUUCAUAGACUAGACACAGUAAAUGUAAAUCUGGGACACUCAAAUUAGUAUGAUACACGACAUGACCAAAAGUAUGUGGACACCUGCUCGUCAAACAUCUCAUUCCAAAAUCAUGGGCAUUUAAUAUAGAGUUGUCCCCACCCCCCUUGCUGCAAUAACAGUCUCAACUCUUAUGGGAAGGCUUUCUCCUAGAUGUUGGAAUAUUUCUGCAGGGACUUGCUUCCACUCAGCCACGAGCAUUCGUGAGGACAGGCACUGAUAUUGGGCUAUUAGGCCUGGCUCUCAGUCUGCCUUUCAAUUCAUCCCAAAGGUGUUCGAUGUGGUUGAGGUCAGGGCUCUGUGCAGACCAGUGAAGUUCUUCCACACCGAUCUCGAUAAACCAUUUCUUUAUGGAU